AGAGAUUUUUAUUGGAAGCUGUUAAAGUGGUUGCUAUGAGACCUUCUCCAGCUACCGCAGGAACAGCCGUGAGUGUGAGGCUGAUAAAUCAUACCUCUUGUAUCAUACCUUUCUUUUUUUUUAUUUAUGCUGCUUUUAUAGUUGUUUAAGAUCAGAGCAAGCACUUGUCAGUUGCUUUUUCUUCCUUCUCACUCUCCUCUGGUCCCUUGUGCAAGAUGGAGCUAGAAAAUGAAAUGAUCAGCUCCUCCAGCAAUUCUUCAGCAGGCUCCCGGGAGUACAAGGUGGUGAUGCUGGGAGCUGGGGGAGUUGGCAAAAGCGCAAUGACAAUGCAGUUCAUAAGCCAUCGGUUCCCUGAUUACCAUGAUCCAACCAUAGAGGAUGCUUAUAAAACUCAAGUGCGAAUAGAUGACGAACCAGCUUACUUGGACAUUCUAGAUACUGCUGGACAGGCAGAAUUCACAGCCAUGAGGGACCAAUAUAUGCGAGGUGGAGAGGGUUUCAUUAUCUGCUAUUCCAUCACAGACCGCCAAUCCUUUCAGGAAGCUGCAGAGUUUAAGGAGCUCAUUUAUCGUGUCCGGCACACUUAUGACAUCCCAUUGGUGCUGGUGGGAAACAAAAUAGAUCUUGAGGAGUUCAGGCAGGUCUCGACUGAAGAAGGUAUGAGCUUGGCGAGAGAGUAUUCUUGCUCCUUCUUUGAGACCUCAGCUGCCCUGCGCUUCUACAUUGAUGACGUCUUUCAUGGACUGGUGCGGGAAAUCCGCAGAAAAGAAUCCUCGCUGCCCCUGACAGAGAAGAAGAUGAAGAGGAAGGACAGUCUGUGGCAGAUGCUGAAAGGAUCUUUGAAGAAGAAAAGGGAAAGCACAACCUGAUGGCACUUUCCAGUGAGCCACCUUUAGGGAGCUGAUCACAGUCAUCUGUAGCAAUUCCUAAGGCAGCAUUUACACAGCAUUGUCAGGGCCCAGUUCUGGAGUCCUUUCUCUGCUUUCAUUCAGUCCUUAUGCAGGAAUAACUUAUAUGAGGCCCAAUCUAUGGUUGUCCGGUAGCCCCUUUAUGCCAAAAUAGCCAAUGCAGAAGGAGCCACAUAACAGUCAGUUACCCUUCCCCUCACUUUUGGCACAGUAGGCCCUCUUGUGUAAGAUACAGAGGCAGCAGAGUGAACAUUGUACCUUUCCCUGCAUGAUCCCCCAGCAAGGGGUAUUCAAGGUCAUCAAGGAUAGGAAAGAGUAUUUUAGGCAUGGAGCAAUUCUCCAAAAAGGGCCAUGUUUGGCCAUUUAAUGUACCCACCAUACAAACAUCCAACUCAUAUAUCAUUUGAAAGUUUAUUUUAUGUAUGAUUGGAUGAAUUAUGAUGUGGAGCUGUCACAUGGUGUCGUAAGCUGGUAGGUAUGGUGAAAUAAUGGUACCCCAAAUGAAAAAGUGUCACGUUGUGCAUAGUUCCUGCAACAUUGCAACAUGCUUAUAAGUACAGCUUUUACUGUUUAUGUUAAUUUCAACACCUUAAUGUGGGGUUCCUUGCUCAAAGCCACCAAACAACAAUCUAUUAACAUAUUUUAUUGGUUUUCCAUGGACAAGAAUUUUUUUUUAGAACGGAUUAAGCUGCUCAGCACGUGGCAAAAAUGCCGAAUAUCAACAUUUUGCAAUAAACUAACAUCAAAUGUUUUCACAUCACAGAUUCUUAAUUGUCAAAGUAUCUCAGAAAUGGUUAUAAUAGUUGUCAAUAUUUUCAGUUGAAAUAUGCGACGUGAUCAAUCUCACACAGAAGGUGGUGCACCGGUAGCAGUAGAUUGCAUGCCCAUAAUUUGUCCUGCCAAGUGGGUAGAUAGAAAUGUAUGUAAAUUCCUAACAUAAUGCUUCUCCAUUUGUAAGCUUUUGUACAUACAAAGUAGCAUCUUGGUCUGCCCGGUAGAAGCUUUUAAUUUGUAAUUGUCUAUGUGUGCAGUACUAUCCUUUGAAAUAUUCUAGAAACUAGCUUUUUUCAUUCAAUGACACUUAAGCACAGGCUGGCAUUAGUGUUAGAGAUGACAAUACACCUCUUCAUACUGGGUUGCAACCAAAGUGGGUUUCAAUCAGCAAAAAAUGGCAAUUUUGAUAUUAACAUAUAGAUCUAGUUUAUAUGUAACAUAGCACAAAUCUGAAUAUUUGUAAAAAAAUGAAAAAAUUAUGUUAGUAGAGGUGGUAUUGCUAAGAAUAUACUUCGGAAAUUUUACCUCUACAGGGAGGUUACAGUAUGUGAAGGCAUGGAGGAUACAAGCUCCUUAAUAAAUAAAGGCUUUCCACAAACUUUUAGAAAUGUGCUAUUUGUCAAGAAAAAUCAAAAGAAUUCAGAACUGUCAAAAGCUGCCAGUGCUAGACAGAAUUCUGUGAUGCUGGCAGUAGUGGCAGGAGAGAUGAAUGGUAUUGGCACCUACUGGAUUAAUUCCCUAUUUUAGCUGAUGUGCCACCAAUACUCUAUCAUAGGGGUUGCUUUCAGACAUACAUAAGCAAGUUAAAUUUGGCACAUGUCAGAGUUGUAUUGAACCCAGGAAAGAAAACAGAUUCUGAAUCUGAUCAGACAGCAUCAUGUUCACCUGCUUCCAUAGCUGCCAGAGCUAGUACAUCCUCCACUUCUACACUCAGUUGUGUUGUUUGCUUGCGAAAAACACACCAUUAAGAUAAGAAACUUCAUAAAAUGGAAACAUCUGAGAGAGCAGCUAAUCUAGGAAAGGCAUCACUUCAAAGAGGAUGAUGACAUGUUGUGUAGAAUAUCUGUGGAAGACUUGAUUGCUAAGAAUGAAGUUUAUCACUCAACAUGACACUCUUCCUACUUCAGUAAAACAAAUCUUAAAGCAAAACCACCUAGUUACACUGCAACAAUACAAAAAGAAAAGGAGUACUUGUGGCACCUUAGAGACUAACAAAUUUAUUUGAGCAUAAGCUUUCAUGCGCUACAGCUCACUUCAUCUGAGGCACGCAGUGGAAAAUACA